UCGAAUUCUUAUUCGUAUCUUUUCUUUACAAUGAAUUAUCGAUAUGUUCUUUUGACGCCAUUGCUGGUUUGCCUCCAGAUACUAAAAUUGAUUGGGACGCUUACAUCCAACUUUCCCAAUGGGAUAUCUAACAAUAACAAGCCAUUGGUCAAGUUACUCGAGGGCGAACAUGUUGUAACAACAAUGUUCGUUGGGAAUUUCAUCGGCGUUGUGUGUGCUCGAUCAUUGCAUUAUCAGUUCUACUCAUGGUAUUUCUUUUCUAUUCCAUAUCUGUUGUGGAGAACGUCGUUUCCUACAAUAUUACGGGAGAGGUUUCCACACUCGUAUAAAGAAUUCUUCAUUCUCCUCCCCAAUCGACGUGGGAUCUCAUCUGUUUGGGGGAUCGGGUUUUGUUGGAAUGUAUAUCCUUCUAAUAUGUACUCCUCGACGUUGCUUUCUAAGUCUUCACCUAAUUUUGCUUUGGGGUUUGUGGUCUGGAGCAGCAGAGUAUCCUUAUGUUCAAGUGAAGUAUCUAAUAUAAAACAAAACUGAAAAACACCAACUCUUAGUCUGUCUCACUAUCAUUAGUUUGAAUUGCAUAGAGUUUGUAUCCUCCAUGUUUGAUUUUCAGCUGGCUUUCUUGUAAUACUUUUCAUUUUUUCCGUCUUCCUCGAGCGGACGGAGGGGUCUCAAAUAGUAUUGUAUCGAAACGAGAUUGGGUCAACUUCAGGUUGUCGAGCAUUGAAUUUGAGGCUCGUUUAUUUCGAGUCGUUCUCUUCUGUUA